AUGGGUCCCCUCACCACUGUCCUUCGUCUUCCGCUUUAUGUCACAUUGUGGGUUUUUGCGGCACUCCUCUUCAUCUUCACCGCUGUGAGAUUGAACUACACCCUCCACCUACCGAAAGGAGACCCCCUCAAUGGCGGCUCGGACUUUUUUGAUCCCAUCGUGGCGCAUCUGCUCGUCUGCUCAAUGCUCGCUCUCGGGUCAAUACCCUUCGUGAUGCAUUGGGUGCCACAGUUGAUCACCUCGGCCGCUUCGGCCAACCUCUUCGAGCUCGCAGCGCUCUCUGUCAUCUGGUUACUAUGGCUCGUCGGAUGCGUAGUCUCGACGAGCAUCUGGCCAAACCUCUCGUUUUGCUACCAAUUCGCGCCGUGUCGCAUCCUAUCUGCGAUGAUGGCCUUCGCCUGGCUCGGCUGGAUCGUCCUCGUCGUCCUCAUUGUGCUCGCCGUGCUCAACGCGGUGCAGAAAGCGCGCCCCGCGCGGUCCCCGCUCGUCGUCGAGUGGGCCGCCACAAACUCCUUCAAUGCGCGUUCAGAGUACGCGCGGUCGGAGUAUGGGGGCAGCAGUGUGCACAGUAGCAACAUGAGAGAGGUGGUGUAAUAUGCUGUACGUUGUGUUUGUUUGCUUGUUGUCUGUGAGCGUUGUAUCGUUGUUUGUUGUUUUCGCGUUGGGAAGGAUAGUUUGGGUUGGAUACCCCGCUGUGACUCUGGACCUGUAGAGGCAGUCUUUUGUAUUAUUGCUUGCG